AUGGACGUUCUUUCCAUGAAGCGACUUUGUCCAGCUGUGUCUAAGAGGCAAUUGGGCCUUGUUGAUUAUCGUGUUCGUCUGUUCACAAUUAAUGGAUUUCCAUGUUCAAGCAAUAGCAGUGCGCACCGGCUCACUUCCUUCCCAAAGGAGGGCGGCCGGGCAGGGCGGCGCUUCGGAGAUCGGCGAAGGAGUGGCGGCGGAGACGGCGUCGCUGAUGGGCGCACAUGCCAGGGCAGCGGCGCGGCGCUGCGCGACGCGGGCCGGAAACCGUCUACCAGGGGGCGUGUGCGGUGGCAGCAGCUGCGCGGUGGGGGCGGCGCCGGACAGGGGCCGCCGAGCGGCCGUCUGGCUCACACAGCUGCCGCACGUGCAGCCCUGUUACCCCUCCCCUCCCCUCCCCUCGCCACGCCCAUCCCAGGAGAGCAGGUGGCGCUGCGGCCCGCGGGCGACGAACCCGGGCCUUUCGCCACGCGCCGCGUCUUACACUCACCCCACUGCGGACUGCAGCUGGGGGCAAAUGGCCAAAGGUAG